GUGAACUAUGCUGUCUAAUCAAAACUUGAUCGUGAGAGGUGAGGCAGGUAAAUCGCAAUUGCACUUUGUGUCCAUAAAAAUAAUGAAGUGUAUUCUCAUUGUGUUCGAAUCAUGUCGAUAGCGACACAAAUGCUGAUUAGCAUUACUGUAACACGAUAGACAGUCUCCAACCGCUCGCGUAACCGUCGAAAUGUAUUGUUUGCAAUGGUUGAUCCCUGUGCUGUUAAUUCCGAAGCCAGUCAACCCGGCAUUAGUGAAUACCCACGUGAUGUUCAUGGUGUUAUAUUUAAUAGGAUUUUUCCUCGAACGGAAGCCAUGUACGGUGUGCAGUGUCGUCUUCCUUGCUGCAGUGAUUCUCAUUUGUUAUAGCGGUAUCGGGAAUUGUUUAUUUUGGGCGAGUCAGUGUGAAGGAGAGAAGUAUGAUACCUAGAGCUGCCCACAAGCCUUCCAGAGUUACCUAUCUAACUGCUCAAAGUGCAACCAAGUGUUCCUGCCGCCUAUGGAUUGGCGGGAAAAUGAGGGGACGCAGCUGAACGCCAUGCGAUUCUAACAAAAUUUAAAAAAAGAAUGUAAAUAAUACAUUUUCUAAUUCACUUUUAAUUAUUGUUGUAUAUAAAAUAGGAUGAUAUCUAACGAAUCUUGUGCCGACAUGUACUUACUCAUUUCAAUGUUACAUUGGAUAAUUAAAUAUGUUAAUAUGAUUAUGUACAGUUAUUGUUAGCGACUACUAAUUAUUAUACCUAUUAUGUGAAAUAUAACUUGGGAAUACUGUA